CGCGCGAAGGAGGCUGGGCUUGGGUCCCUGUCUCCGGGGCCCGGCUCCUGGGGACGGUGACGAGGAACUGCAGCCCGGGAAAGUCAGCAAGAACGGGGCACAAGAGACGGCGCCAAAGCCUGGCAGCUCCGGACCGGUCCCGCAGGUCUGAGCGUGGGGUCGCGCCUCCGGGUGCCGCGGCGCCGGCGGGCCAUGCCUGGGGAUUCUCGGUCGCUGUGGGAGCUGGUGGAGGAGCACGUUCCGUUCCCGGAGCGGCCCGAAGUAAAGAGGAUUCUGGGGGAGACAACGGUGGACCUGAGCCUGGAGCUGCGGGCAGAGGUGAUGAUGUUAAGGUCACUGCUCCAAGAGGCUCGAGCCUCCCAAACCCCGGGUUCCCGCCCCACUUCUGACCCAUCCUCCCUUCUGGCUCCACCGCCCCUCCUAAGAGACCUCGUGCGCCAGGAACUGCGACAGCUGCUCCAAGGUCUCCGUCAGAAGGCCAUCUAUGAGGGCAGGGACCAGACGCAGGCUUGGGUCCAGUAUAGCCCCAGAGUCCUGCGUUUUGCAUUGAAGGAGCCCAGGUGUGAUUUUACAGAACAGGAGAUAUUCCAGAUGAGAGCUGGCGAACCCAGCAGCAGUCACAGAGACCUCAGUGUCAUCAAGGACCAACUGAACAUGUGCAACAUUGACGAGGUCGCUGGACACCUACGGAGCCUCCUGGAGGAGGAGUGUCACACUUUGGCGAGAGAGAUCCCCAUCCUGCAGCGCUGCCUGGAAGAGGAGUACACAGGGGCACCCCAGCCCUCUGAGGCCACCUUAGAGCCCAGCCUGGCAGAGCUAAAGGAACAGAAAGCAGCCAUGCAGCAGGAGCUACAGGAACCUCUGAUGCCUUCCUGUGUCUCCACCAGCCACAGCAGCCCUUGGGAUCCUCCAGCCAGGACCUCAGACCCUUGCCUUACCUCUGUGGGGCUGCUGGAGUUGGGGCUGGGCCUUUCCACUGCUGCCUGCCUGCUCCUCCUCUGGAACGCAGGCCUCAAGGCCUGGCUGCCACCUGCCGCUGGGGACGGAAGCUGCAGUGCAGCCCCAGGAAAAGACCAGCUUCUGCCCCAAUGUCCAGUGCAGCAUCGCAGGCCCCAACCUGAUGGGCUUGUCACAAAGUAGACUUUGGCUUCGCUGGAACUCUCCUCAUCUGCUGCUGCCACCUCUCAGCAGCCACAGCCCCGCCUGCUUCAGAUGUAGCCUUGGACGGGCCCUCACCAGGACCCCAAGGCUGUCUGUCUGGCUGGCUCUCAUCCCCCCUUUGCCAAGUCCCUGGUAUCUGGUCCUGACCAUCAUAGCCUUUGGCCUUUCUCCUCUCAGGCCUCCACAAUGGCCUGCUGAGUGUGGACAGUAUAGAGGUCUCAUCCCAGCCCUGACUCUUGUCCCUCUGGGGGACCCAGACAAAGCACAGUAGCAGCUCAGAGA